AUGAAGAAGAAAUCCGUCUACACGAACAUCACUCCCAUCCCCUCCCACAUCCCGCGUCAGCUCGCCGUCGACAUGCUGCACAGCCAUGGCGAGAUCAUUGAACUCAAUCCUCUCGUGAUCGGCUACAAACCCAUCAAAGCCCCUCAGACCGCCCCCGCAGAUGAGUUCUUCUCGACGUGGUACGAGAUCAAUGAAAGGAUCCAAUACGUGCCGGGGAUAGGGAGGGCCGGCGCAGGCAAGAUCUCAUUCAAGGGAUGUUUUCACGACAUGCCCUGGGGACUACAGACACACGUCUAUGCGCCCAUGGGAGUCGACCUGCGCAACAAGUGGCAGAUCCGGGGCAACCAGCCCGGCGAGCCGCCCGAGUCGAGGGAGUUGGGGAGCAAUGCCCCGCCCGAGGGCCUGUAUUUGCGCGAAGACAUCGAGAUCAAGUGUAACCCUGCCAUGGUGUCGUUCGUGAAGAAGGAGAUGAAGGCCGCCUCCAAGACGAUGGUGGACCGGCUUGUCAAGAAGGCCGAGCUAAUCGACUCGGGUGUCCUCAGCGCGAUGUUCGAGGAGGGGAGACUCAAGACGAUGAACCCGGCCGACCGGUCGCAAACAUACCAGCAGCAAGGUCACGACCCGUCGCAAACAUUCCUGCAGCAAGACGCGCACCGGUCGCAAACAUUCCAGCCGCAAGGCCAUUACUCGCCGUCCUUGCUCUCUCCCAUGCCUCAGUCCGCAUUCCCUCAAUCACCCAGCAUGCCCGGAUUCCCACAGUCAGCAUACGCACGACAAUCAUCCUACGGCAUGCCCAGUCCAAGUCCCCAGCCACAACCACAACAUGCGCAGAUGCCGCCUGCACAGGGCCUCGCCAUCGAAAUGCCCGGAAACACACACUUCCUCCAACAACCGCCACCACAAAUGCCCCACCGGUUCUCCACCGCCAUGUCCGAGCUCUCGGCCAGCUCGCCGAACCAGACCGACUUCCCCCAUCAGAGCAGCCAGUCAGACCGCCAGAGCUAUGCAGAGUCCAUGAGCUCCAUGCCCAGCUCUGUAGCCCGGUCCGGCGGCAUGGCGUCUCCAGGCCUCGAGAAGCGGACCUUUGUUGCUGAGUUGCCGGCCAACAAUGGAUCAUCAGUACCGGAAAGGUCGCCCAGGAGAAGUCCGGAUCCGAACUAUAUGUCGGCUCAACAGCAGCAGCAGCAAUACAGAUACAAUCCGCAGGACUACGCGCGUAUGUCGUGA